AUGGAACCAACAAUAUAUGAUGAACAUCAUAUGAUACUACAAAAUUUAAAUGCAAAACUAAAGACAUUUUAUAGAAUUUCACUAGCUGAAGUUAUAUUUAUUAGUUCAUUUUUACUAAAUUUCUUUAUAAGUAGAUUAAUUCAUUUUGGCUCACCAAUUGAAGAAAUUUAUAAUUAUUAUAAUCAAAAGGGGAAUUUUAUAAAUCAAUUUUUUGUUAAAAAAGGUUGGGGAUGGACUACUUUAAUUAUUAUAUUAUUUUAUACAUUUGUUAUAAUACCUAAAUCUAACAACAAACCAAAAACUUUAGCUUUAGGAGUUAUUAAAUAUUUAGUUGUAACUUUUUGGUGGAUACUUUUUACACAAUGGUGUUUUGGAUUACCAAUAAUGGAUAAAAUAUUUGUUUAUACCGGUGGUGUAUGUCAAUUGGAUACUAGUGUGAAUCAACCACAUACAUUUAUUCAAGAUUUAGAAACCUUGGUGUGGAAAAGUUCAUCAGUUUCUUCAUAUCAUUGUAGAAAAUUAAAAGGAAAUUGGUCAGGAGGUCAUGAUCCUUCUGGACAUGUGUUUUUAAUGAUUCAUUCUUCAAUUUAUUUAUAUUUGGAAAUUGAAAAUUAUAUCACUUGGAAUUAUUUGGUACAUGAAUUAAAAUUAUUGAAAAAUAAACAAUUAAAAAAUCCAUUAGAUAUUGUACAACUUGUAAUAGAGAUUUCAACAAUUGGACUUAUUGGGCUUUGGUGGUUUAUGUUAUUAAUGACGAAUGUUUAUUUUCAUUCCAUAUUGGAAAAACUUGUAGGUUUAGGUUUUGGAUAUUUUGGUGUAGCAUUAGUUUAUAUUUUACCAAGAUGGUUUAAUUUUAGUAUAUAG